GACGGUUCGAACUGGUUCGAAACUGUCGAAACGUUCGAAACAUGUUCCAUUAAUAGCUUAGAAGCCAUGCGUUACAAGUCAUGUUACAAAUGUUCUGUGGCCGUGCUCGAAGCUGGUUCUUCAUUUUAUGGCUAUCUCGGCUGUCUCCUUAGCUGUGGUGGCAUACCUUGGCUUUCUGCGUAGACUGUCUCCGAUGUUUGCCAGAAUUGGAACACACCUCUGCUGGUACACUUUCGUAUUUUGUGCCAGUUGCCAGUUUUCGCCGAGUGUGCGCUCUUGUUGAAUUUCUUGCUCUAUGGGAUUACUCCUGUACUGCCUAAUUUCAAUCGCCAGGUGCUCGUGAGGUGCCGGCGCCAGCCCAGAGAUGGCUUCGUCCAACCACAUCGUGGAUGAUUUUGAGAACUCUUUUCAGGCAUGUCUGGCUGCAGUCACAAAUCCAGAUUACUUCUACGUUCGUGACUCUGAAGAAGUAAAGACAGGAGUUGAGCAGACUAUACAGCGGUUCCUGGAUGUAGCUAAACAGAUGGAGAGUUUCUUCCUUCAGAAAAGGCUGGUACUGUCCGCUCAGAAGUCUGAACAAAUGGUCAUGGAGGAUAACACAGAGCUGAAGAAUGAGCUGGCCCGCAAAGAACAGUUGCUACAGAAGUACAAUGAGAAGAUUCACUACUGGCAAAGCCUUCUUAAUGACACAGCAAAUGCAACUGGGCAGCAGCCGCAGCCACAACCACAAGCACCUCCAGGAGGUGGCACACAGCAAGGCAUGCCUACACAGAGCCAGCAGUCUAUGCCAAUGGGUGGUGCAGCACAAGGCCUGCCAGGUCCACUGGCCUACUUGGAGCGGACCACAUCCAACAUUGGCAUGCCAGAUCCCAGGCGAUGAAGACUAGAGGCACACCAAAGUGACUGCUUACACAUGAUCUUUAAAAACCAUAAGAAAGUGCUAUGUGUGAGAUGCGCAGCUAGCUGUGGUAUGCAGUGUACAGAAGGGCCUCAGUAGGCUUAAAACAGACCGAUUUGUUGUGAUAAAUAUGCAAGUGCCCCCAUCUCCAAAAGACUUUACCUGUGGCAUAAAAUUAUGGCCCCGUAUGUCGUGCACCUGCUACUGCUGCCUUUUCGUGCAUACACAGACCAGGGGCUGCCUACUGCUGCCUUUUCGACACUUAACACAGACCAGGGGCUCUAUAACGUAAAACUAUUCCAAUAUGUUUUUAUUCCAAUCUCCUGACGUUAAAUUUGUGUAACCGCCGACGCAAGCAGCGGGCGGUCACCCGCAGGGUUGUCUGAACAAACCAAUCAGACGCUCUCCUCGUUCAUAGGAGGUAACUUUUUUGUUUGCUUGAAAAACGAAUAACAUUGCCUACACUGAGCGGGUUGUCUUAUCUAAUUGGCUGACAAUAGGCAAGGAGCACGCUCUAGUGGAGAGGGAUUCGAUAGGGCUGAGCCGCUGCAAUGAAAAUCGAUAACCGGACAAAGAGGGUGGUCCUGGCGUCUGCAAUUGGUCCACUUUCCCUUACUUAGCUUGUGGUGGCUGGUCAAAAAUUUCGGCGGCAUGCAACGGAAGCUUAAGAAUGCCGCUAAAAUAGAUCCUCAGCAAAGAAGAGUUGGCAGAACGAGGUCGUAAACAUGCCGAAAGUGCUCGAAAACGUUACACGGCCACGAAAAAAGCUUUAUUUAUAUGCAAAUAAACCCAUGCUCUCCGGCAGGUGCGAGUAGCCAGUGCCUGAGCAAUUGGCAGCA